UAAAGGUUAUACACUAAAUAAUAUGUCAGAGAGUAUUUAUUAAAAACCUAAAAAAUAUGGCUUAUUCGUAUAACAUAGAUGAGAUUCCAUCUGAUGAAUUACCUUGCAUUCGCUACGAAAUUCGCAAAGCCAAGGAGUACCUUCAAAAGCAUAGUUCAGAAUCUGGUGAUAGUUUGUAUGACCACUUAAGUGAAUUAUUAAAUAAAAUACUCACCGAGCGACCUAGAAACGCUGUAGAUAUUUUUGAAGAUUAUAGCAAAAAGUUGAAGGAGGAAAGAUUUAAAACUCAAACCGAUCAUCUUCGAGAUAUUUAUGUACCGCCCAAACAGUAUGAGAACGCAAAAACUCUUAUCAAACUUUUUGAGGCAUCCCAAGCGCCAGAAGAAAAAGAAGAGACAGAAUAUAUUCAACAGCACGAAGAAGAUAGCGACUUUAGGAAAAGAAAACCAAAUUUAUUAGACAUGCUAUUUUAUUUUGAACAAGCGGAUGUGGCCUUACCUCGAUCUGAAAUGUUGCUUCUGAAUUUGAGUAUCAGAAAACUAAUUUCUGAUGUACCAAUAGAGAAUGUUCGAUUUUGGGGGAAAAUUCUCGGGAAUCCGAAAAAUUAUUAUGUUGUGGAAGCAGAGUUGAAAAUAGAGGAACUAAAUCGCAGACAGGAGGUAGUUUACUUUGUCUGCAACUCUCCUGGUUUGGACGAUUGGAUCGAAUUGCCAAUGGUGACUCCCAAACAAAUAAUAGCAUCACGUGAAAUAGUUAGACUGUUUUCAGGAAAUUUGGAGGAGGAGAUUUUCACAUUUCCACCAUUUCCUGGUAAUGAGAAGAAUUACCUUAGAGCACAAAUUGCUCGUAUUAGUGCUGCCACAUUAAUUUCUCCAGUGGGAUACUACACUUUUGAUGGAGGGGAGGACGAAGAGGAGAAAGUAGAUGAAGAGGAAGAGGAAGAAACUACCGAUGGUAUCAUAUCAGAAAAUCCACACUACGACCCUCUACCUGUGAAAGAGUUAGUGGACGCAUCCAUGUCUAAUUGGUGCCAUCACAGCCCAUUUCUUUUAAAACAAGGCCGAAUUGUUCCCUCGGAUCCAGAAAAAGCCGAAUCCGAAGCUGAAGGCGAAGAAGUUGAAGAGGAAGAAGAGGAGGAAGAAGUGGAGGAAAAAGAGACGACAACUAUAGAAAGAGAAGUGGGUCCACCCUUGCUCACUCCUUUGUCAGAAGAUGCCACUUUGGACUCAAUAGUGCCCUGGACUGCCAGACAGUCCUCUCGAGUUCAAACAGAAACUUCGAUUGCUAUUGUUCGAUCAAAUAUCUGGCCAGGAGCGUUUGCUUUUGCAUCGGGAAGGAGAUUCGCUAACUUGUACAUUGGCUGGGGAUAUAAAUACUUUGCAUACAAUUAUUCUCCACCUUCCAUGCCACAAGUGCAAGAUCAAUACAAAAUUGGACCAGAGGUGAUGGAAAUUUCAGAUCCAUCUUUUGAAGAGGAGGAAGCUUAUCGCAUCGCGCAUUUACCACCACCUCCUAAAGAAAUUUUAGGAGAAGAUGAACAAGAGGGAGAAACAGAAGAAGAGGACGAAGGUGAUGAUGAUGAUGAUGAUGAUGAUGACGAUGAUGAUGAUGAGGAAGAUGAUUAA